GAUGUCUUCAAAGAAAAUCAAGACUAUCAAGAGAGCAGGCUCCUUGAAGAGGAAUUACAAAGUCUCCUUGUCGAAAGGCAAGAUGGCCUUCAGGAAAAUUUAUGAUGUUAAACAUCUCAGGGCAAAAAGUUUACAGAAACAGAGGUCUAUCCUAAAGGCGUACAAUAAUGUUACUGGUCCAGGAGACUAUGAGAAUGUGGUAAGGAUUGGUGAGAGGAUUCAGAAUUCUCAAAGAAGAAAUCAGCCGGCUUAUUCAUUCGGCAUAAGGCAUGAUUUUUCUAAUAAAUAAACCUCCAGUGCUGUCUAAAAGACAUAAUGUUGAUUAUUAUUCGAGAGAUUCUCCAUGUCCAGGUGCUUAUUCUCCUGAAAGAAGUUAUACUGUAAUGUCUCAGACUAGAGGAGGUUGGUCAAUGUCCAAAGAUAAGCGAUUUAAAGGUCCAGGUGCUGAGAGAGCAAAUCAUGAUGUAUCAUCCUCUUCAUUGAACAGAUAUGAGAAAGCAGUAUCUCCUGGCCCAGGGUCAUAUCUCGGCUCAUUUGAUAGAUCCUCAUUGAUGGACUUUAAGGAACUCGGCAAAGUUGGUACUGAGAGUAGGUUCACAAAGCAGAAUCCUUUGUAUAAAGUAAACGCUAAUCCAGCACCUAACCUGUACAAUCUUUCAUCAUAUAACUCAGUAAUGGCAAACUCAAUGGAUAAGAGGAAGGGGAAUGAUAUAAGUUUGUCAGGAAUGAAUAACAAAACAAUGCUCUCUUCUACAUUUGGCUGCACUUUUGAUAAAUAUUCCUCUGUGUAUUUUAAAGAGAACUCGAAGGCGUUUCAUAGCAGAGAUACACCUGGACCUGGCCUUUAUGAAACUGACAGGUCUUUUGUACCAGGACUAGAUAGCCUCGCCUAUUCAUUCUCAAAAGAUGACAGAAAGAUCAAGAAAAUUAAAACUUCCAAGGUUUCUCCAGUUGACUUCAAUUUUAACGAGGCAUUUAAAAAGGUAGUCAGGAAAGAUUUGAUGGUAAAGAUGGGAAAAGCUAAGAGAGAACUUGACUUCACAAAAUAUUCCUCACAGAACAACGAACUCGUCUUAAAAGGGAUCCUUUAACUAUAUCCUCCUCCCAAAACCUCCUGAAUAAAAUUUCAAUAAAUAAAA